CCCCACCUUCCCUUACCACUUUGCUUGCAUCCUUGUACCGGUUCGAAAGACCGUGGCGGUCAACUUUUUUUCAUCGGAGGAUUAGGGAGUAUCUUCGCAGGCUACGCUUUCGGUAAUCCAAUAACUCUUUUAAUCGAUCUCGACCUUGUCUCUUUCAGUGCGGCCAGACGACUGUUCCUAUAUUUUCACUAGUGAAGAACCAAACACUUUCUGGUCCCUUGCCUUGGACCGUGGCAGUCAAUAUUGACAGCAAUGAAAAGCUGUUUAACAUGGGAGUGCUAAUUCGAAGCGAUAUUGUUGUAACGGACGCCAACUACCUUGUUGAUCCUCCGAACAUCUGGAAUGACACCGGCUCCGUGCGCACCAUAGACCCUGGACGGAUCCGUGUCGUGUGGAUCAACCCCAGUGGCAGACGCCUAAUGUCUCAAAUUGUUUCCGUUGAUGUUCGAGAGCGCGACCGUGACUCUUACACAACCACACGAACUUUCGACGUUGCGGUACUUCGACUCAAGACACCAUUCAAAACGAGCACCAGAAUUUGCUCCAAUCUUUUGGACGAAACUAAUUUGCCAAGCUUGAAACGCUACCAGAUGGGAGUGACGGAGUCGUGGCAAGUCUCUCUCUUAGAUUUCCAAUCAAGUAUUGAGGCCGUGCCAUAUGUUAACUACAGGAGCGACCGCUGCCUCUUUAUGACUACGAGAAUUCCGCAAGUCUACAUUACACCAGAUCGAUUCUGCACGGGACCAGUGCAAGUGUCGAAUCUUACAAGAGUUGGGGCAGGUUUCUUCGUUCGGAAACGUGAUUCUUGGUUUCUUCAUGGAAUUCUCUCCUUCAACUUUUGGAAGGACGACUUCGGAAAGGACGAUAGCCUCCGUUGGGUCAUAACAGAUCUAAACGACGAUGGCGUGAAAUUGUGGCUUCGAGAGAAAAUAGCGACGAAAAGCUCGGACCAAGGGGUACCAACCACUGCCCGCAAGCUAAACAAGUGCGGCCAGGCAGACUCUUCCCUUCGGGGUUUGACCCCUGGCCGGAGUCAGCUUGGUCACAUGUCCUGGUCGGUGUUGGUCUACUUUAAGAAAGCUGGCCGUAAAGCGGACAUGUUCCCGGGCGUGUUGGUGCGAGACGACGUCAUCAUUACUGAUGGUUCGCAAUUUUUUGCCAUAGCGAAUGAAACACACAGCUCGAUUGAUUCGCGAACAGUUUUCGUCAUUUGGGUCAGUCCGAGUGGAAGGAGAAAGACAUGCGAGGUUGCGGCGGUGUAUGUCCCAGGCGAAGAGACACAAAAUGGCAUGGCUCUGCUACGCCUUAGAACCCCUUUCCUGGAAAGCAUUCCAGCCUGCCUAGACAUAUGGAACGACACAAGUGUUUUUGACAUAGCGAUGGGCGGUGUCGGCGUGAUUGAAAUUGAAAACAACGAUGAUAAAUACAUGCGCGGUGAUCCGUUGAUGUAUCCCUAUUACAUCACAACCGUUAAUCAGGAGUCUAACGAACAGUGUCUACCUGACAAGUUUUGCGUCGGACAAGAUUCUCCAAAGCCCGGUACGGGUUUUAUGACUCUCAUCGGUGACUCCUGGUAUCUUCGUGGCAUUUACUAUUCGGGUAGAAAUGUUACUGAUCUGGCUAAUGUCAGUGUCAGAACUUGGGUACAGAAGACGUUCAAGGCCAUCGUUCAAGAUUCCACACCAUUCAGCAUUUAGAGUAGUGUUGUAGAACACGGUUUAUUCUGAAGAAAGAGAUAUAGGAAUGGGCCGCCGCCGGCGGGCCAACUCGCCUGUGCUCACCCGGCAAUAACGGUGUCUAAUUUUUUGAGGGGAAGGGGAAAACUUUGAGGAACGCCUCUGGUUUGCAAAACUCCUCAGAUUUUGAGACAGUUUCCUCAAAAUAGUGGAACUUUUCCAUAGUUUUUGAGAAUAUUCCUCAAAAUCUGAGGCGAGAUCGGAGGAUUCUUCCUCAAACAUGAGAGUUCAUCAAAGUUUUCCCUUUUUUUCCUUAAAAAAUAGGACAUUGUUUUCAUCGUGCAGCCUGACAUAGGUCCACAGAAGCUAGCCGCCCAGCCCGGGCCACGAACCCAUGGGCCUCAACUCGGCUCAUCUCCCUACGUUCCCAAAAACUGUUGGCCUGUAGCUUCGGCGAAACUCCGUGUGCUGCCGUUUUGGACGCCAACGACCCGCUGGGCAGCCCGUUACUCAUACCUACAGUAUGGUUCUUAUAUAUCUUUAUAAAAACUACUUCUAGUUAUAACAAUGGAACCUGGUGAAGGUCGGCUAAAUACUGUGUCGGUAUUUUAAGUUAAUUUGUAAUGCCUAAGAUUUGUUUUUGUUUUAAAAUGUCUUCUGAUUCUGUUUGUCAGUAAUAAAUACAAACAAGUUGCAAAGGUGUACCAAAUGAAUUUGCUACAUAAUUAAUCUGCUCGUUCUUUACGGAAUUUGUUUUGUGCUUGCCAGGGCACGUUGUUUAUGGUUUUGUGCAUGUAGCGCCUGCAAAGCAGUAGGUAGGCAAUCACGCCAUGCAGUCAUGUGACAAUGGUGGUGGUACAUGAUACCGGUAGGGGUUCUGGUUCUGGGGUUUGAAAUGGCGGUGAAGUCUUCUUGCCAGACAGUUCACGGAAAAAAAUUGUUCCCGCAUUCAAUGAAACUUUUUUUGCAUGUGGCAUUUUACAUUUGGUGUAUGCCUAGCGCAGCGUGUUUUAGGAGUGAACUCCUCGGGUUCUAGUCAGGACAAUGAUUGUGUCAGAAGGUUAAGGCUAUCUCGUUAUAUUGAAGCUACGACAUGAUACAGUGGUUCAGUGGUUCCUCUCUACACUCAUCCUCCUAGCGCUCCUCCGAGACGACUGAGCUCUGGCCUGCCCUGCACCUCUAUUUAUGCCAUCGGGAGCGUCCAGCGUGGAGGGCUGAUUUGCUGGGGUUGCAUUCCCACGAUAAGAGCAUCCUCCCGCCGAUCCGCGCCGGGCGGAUGUCAUUUGAGCCACCCGCCUUUGGCCAUCACCUGCUGGGGGCAUUGGCAGCGCAGCUAGCGACGGCCAAAGCGGCCGGCGCGGGCAGCGCCGAUCAGCGCGGCCAGCAGGGCUAGCGUGGUCAGCGGGGCCAGCGUCCUCCAACAUAAAGUUAAACAAGUAAUUGACAAAUGCAAAGCCCUACCUAAUGAGCUCUCGUUAUACAAUAAAAAUUUUCUACCUGGAUGAGUGCAGAGACAACUUAAGAUUUAAACAAAACAAAUGCGACAAACAAGGUAA